AUGGCUGAGGAGCAGGAGUCUGCGCUGCAGCUGCCUCCCUCAACUGCUCCCGAAGCUGAAGGGCCUACGGAGGUCUCCCCAGAAACAGCCACUCCGGAGCCCCCUUCUUCGGCUGCAGUCUCUCCGGGAACAGAGGAACCUGUCGGUGACACCAAAAAAAAAAUUGACAUUCUGCUAAAGGCGGUGGGAGACACUCCUAUAAUGAAAACAAAGAAAUGGGCUGUAGAGCGAACCCGAACCAUCCAAGGACUCAUUGACUUCAUCAAAAAGUUCCUUAAACUUGUGGCUUCAGAACAGUUGUUUAUUUAUGUGAAUCAGUCCUUUGCCCCCUCCCCAGACCAGGAAGUUGGGACCCUCUAUGAGUGUUUUGGCAGUGAUGGCAAACUGGUCCUGCAUUACUGCAGAUCUCAAGCAUGGGGGUGA